GGAUUGUCCACCGCGCGCGUUCGCCGAAGGUUUCGGGAUCGAGUCCCCCAUGACACCCACGUCCCCCUCUCUCUGGAUCUUAACGAAAACCAUUUAUACAGGCUUUGGAUACUCGAUUUAUUCAUUUUUUCUCUCUCCCCUCAUGCGUCUGGAGCGAAUUUAGGAUGCUGUGUCUGUCUCCUCCAGUAACCUACAACCUGUUAUUCUGGUUUUUAAUUCUCCAAACACCACAUUUAACUGCACCUUUAAUCAUCGGUACGGAGGCUAGCUGUGAAAACGAGGGAGAAGUGUUACACAUCCCCAACAUCACUGACAACCCCUGCAUCUCCUGCGUCUGUCUGAAUCAGAAAGCAGACUGUAAGCAGGAGAAGUGUUCGCCGCUGGCAGAGGACUGUGCACUAGUGGUCAAACAGACAGGAGCCUGCUGUGAAAGAUGCAAAGGUUGUCAGCUAAAAGGGACGUCCUACAACAGUUCCCAUCACUGGACCAGCCCUGUGAAGCCCUGUGUCACAUACAGCUGUCAGGAAGGUGUCAUCACUGAAGCAGAAAUGAGGUGUGUCAUUCACUGUAAGAAUCCCAAAAUCCAUCCAAAGAAAUGCUGCCCGACUUGCCCAGGGUGUAUUUUCGAGGGGAAUUUAUACAAAGAAGAUGAAGAAUUUCAUCCAGAAGGGAAUCCCUGUAUUAAAUGCAUCUGCGCAGGAGGGCAAAGCAUGUGUCAUAAACUGGUGUGUCCUGUUCUGUCCUGCCCAUCUCAUCUGACCCAGACUCCACCGGGCCAGUGCUGUCCUACAUGUCGUGGUCAAAGGAGGGUGUUUGACUUGUCGCCUGGCAGCUGUCUGUUCCACAGUGAGGUCUAUGAGAACGGUACAUCCAUCAGCAAUGACAACUGCACCACCUGCACUUGUGUUGACUCUACGGUGCUGUGCAGGAAGAGAUGCUCAGCGCCUGGCAGCAGUCAUGGCUGUGAAGAGUGCCAGUCUCAUCUGAAGAUAGAAGAUGUGAAGUACUGCAGGGUGAAGAGCAAAAUCUAUAGGGAUGGUGACAGAUGGUCGUCUGCUAACUGUUCUCUGUGCACCUGUGUUAAGGGGAAUAUUGAAUGUCAGCCCAAGAUUUGUGUUCCUAUUACCAGCUGUCCCUUGAACAAGAUAUUGAAUCGAACUGGAUGCUGUCCUGUUUGCACUGAUAAGCCAGGUGUGUGUACCGUUUUUGGAGACCCUCACUAUAACACUUUUGACGGUCGCACCUUUAACUUCCAGGGCACGUGUAAAUACGUGCUCACUAAGGACUGCUCCCCAGCGGCCAGUUUCACGGUGCUGGUGAAGAACGAUGCCCGUCGCACACGCUCCUUCUCGUGGACCAAAUCAGUGGAGCUGCACACAUCAGGCCUGAGCAUCAGCCUUCACCAACACCUGACCGUCCGUCAAAACGGCACACGCAUCGCACUUCCCUUCCAUAGCACAGGGGUCCACAUUGACCUGGAUGGAUACCUGCUCAAACUCACCACCAUCGCAGGCCUGGAGAUCACAUGGGACGGGGACAGUCUGGUGGAGGUGGUCGCAGCACCCCAUCUGAAGGGGCAGCUCUGUGGGCUGUGUGGGAACUACAACGGUCAAAGGCGGGACGACUCUCUAGGAGGAGACGGCCAGUUUAAGUUUGACGUGGAUGAAUUCGCUGAGUCUUGGCGUGUGGAGGACAAUGAGUUGUGUAAGGCACCGAAACGCAGGCCCACGUCCUUCCUCUGUCCCGGCACAGUCAAAGUAAAGCUGCGUGCACACAGAACGUGCCAAAAACUCAAGUCCUGGGAGUUUCAGAAGUGCCAUUCUGCUGUAGACUUUACCUCUUUCUAUAAGUCAUGUGUAACAGACAUGUGUGAGUGUCCAGUGCAUAAAAACUGUUACUGCGAGUCGUUUAUAGCCUACAGUCGAGCGUGUGAGAGAGAGGGCAUUCGAGUGCACUGGAGACCGGAGCUCACCUGCAUGAGCACACACUGCAAACAUGGUGCAGUUUAUGACACAUGUGGACCUGGCUGCACUAAAACCUGCAAUAACUGGAAUGAAAUUGGUCCCUGUCAAAGGCCCUGUGUCGCUGGCUGCCACUGUCCGGCCAGCCUGGUCCAGUUUGAAGGCCACUGCAUUAAAUCGACAUCCUGCCCCGUGCGAUGAACCUCAGGACUAUAAACGCAGAGGGCUGCAAGAGAUCCAAACACAGAGGCAAAAAGAGCACUGUGAACCCUGAACCUUGCUUCCCUCAGCUGUAAGACUCGCCAGUAUCUUCUAAAUAAGCUUCUCUGUGGGGACUCAGGAUCUCUCAGGAUGCUUGCUCUAUGUGGAUUUCUCAUAAGUGGUGAAUACCAAAUCCUAAGUGCCUUACUGAAGUCUGGAAUGAACUCAGUGUUACCAAACAAAAAGAACCAGAACCGGACAUUCUGAGUUAAGUGUGGGGUAUACAGCAUACAUAAACUAUAGUAUUAUCCAUUUAUUGGGUCAGCCAGUAUUUAAUACACAAUUUCUUUAUUGAAAGGGAAAUUAUUUAUGUAUUUGUUGUUUAUUUUGUAAGUCAGGUACUCAGAAGUGACUUAUUAUAGCAUUAAAGAGAAGUGUACUUUAUUUGUCCAGCCAAGAGUUCAUACACUGAUGUAUGCGUUAUUCUAACUGUACAUUUCACUUGACCCAUUAAGAUAUUAUAUAUAACCAGUAUAAAGCUUAUUUACUUUCACAGGAAAACAUUUGUAAAGGUUUUCUCAUCAGGAAGUGCAGUGUGAUGUUGGUGCACACAACUCAGGUUCAGAGAUGUCUUGUGUUGAUUCAGGACUGGGUACA